UUAUUAUAAUCCAAAGUCAAAUACUAUAGGCUUUUGGGUCCCUAUAUAAAACCUACUUAGGCCUAAAAAGAAGACAAUAAUUUUUAUUUUAUUUUUUUUUGUUGCAAAGAAGAAAAAGAGCAGAUCCAGUUGAUCUCAAGAUCGCAUCUGAAUCAUAAUAUAUAUCAUGACCAAAGAGGAGACCGUUUCAUGCUCCCAACCUUCCGAUGGUGUUAUGGGAGAAUCUGAUAAGGAAGAGGAGCUUGAUGCAACAAAAGCAAAGGUGGAAAAAGUUAGGGAAGAAAAUGAGAAAUUAAAGCUCUUGCUCUCGACGAUUCUUAAUAACUACAACUCUCUUCAAAUGCAUGUCUCCGAAGUUCUCCGAAAACAACAAGGAGCUUCUAUAGAGCUAGAGGUUGAUCGUGAUCAAGACAAAGAUAAUGAUUUUGGUGUAGAUAUAUCACUUAGGCUUGGAAGAUCAUCAGAGCAAACGAUCUCUAAAAAAGAGGAGAAGGUGGACAAGGCUUCUGGUGAGAAGGAGGAGGGAUCAAAAAAGAAAAGAUCUUCACUGGGGUUAGGAUUUCAGAUCCAAAAUUGUGAAGAUUCAACCUCGAAACUAGAUUAUCUUUGUAGACAAGUUAAGAAUGUAAACGCAGAGAAUAAAUGUGUAUCUUCGAGGAAAGAUGUCAAAACAGCUAGAAAUGAAAAUCAGCAAGAUGUUUUGGAAGAGCAUGAGCAAACAAGUUUGAAGAAAACUAGGGUUUGUGUUAAAGCAACAUGUGAAGACCCAUCAAUAAACGACGGUUGCCAAUGGAGGAAGUACGGUCAAAAGACAGCAAAAACCAAUCCUCUUCCACGAGCCUAUUACCGUUGCUCCAUGUCGUCAAAUUGUCCCGUCAGAAAACAGGUGCAAAGAUGUGGAGAAGAAGAUACCUCCUCGUUUAUGACAACAUACGAAGGAAACCACGACCAUCCUCUUCCCAUGGAAGCAACCCACAUGGCUGCUGGAACUUCCGCAGCUGCCUCUUUAUUACGAUCUGGCUCCUCCUCUUCCUCGUCCUCCACCUCAGCGAGCCUAAGCUACUAUUUCCCUUAUCACCACUUCUCUAUCUCCACCACUAACGCCCACCCCACCGUGACAUUGGACCUCACACGACCCAACUAUACCAAUCAAUCACCAAUAUCUUCUUCCUCUUUCAGUCUCAACUUCUCCUCGCCUGAUCCUCCACCUCCAUCAUCUCAAGAUCAAACUUUGAACUUUGGUGGCUUGCGAACACAAGCUUCUUUGAGUACAGAUUCCCUAAUGGCCCGUUAUCGAACGAGACUUUCAGGACAACAGUAACUAUAUCGGUAUAGGGAUACAAGUCCGGAAAGUAAUUGAUAUAUUUCCAUUUCCUUUCUCAUUCAUUUGAUUUUCAGCCUCCGAAAGAGAGAUUUGGUACAUUUUGGCAUGAUAUGCAAAUUGCAUAUAUAUAUACUUGUAGAUAUUCAAGUAUCUAAAUUAGUGGCUGACCAAUCAUAUAAUGGAGCAUAUAUGAAGCUUUUGUAAAUGUAUAUUGUCCUACAAACAAUUUGCUACACAAAAUAUA